CUAUUUUUGUAGUAAUGACUUUAAGUAUGCGUAGGUUGAGGCUGUAAAUGUGACAGAGGUCGAUAAGGAGGGAGGAGGGAGGUGAGGGCUGGGCCAGAAUGGACUGGAAGUGUGCCCCCAGCAGCAUUUAUAAACAUGACCCCCACACGUCUCCCCACACUCUUUGUUUACAUACGUGCUUCUUGGCACAACCUCACACUGGAAGGCUCCUCCACCAAUCUUCCUGUUUUAGAUUUGAAGAAAAGCCGGCAUUUGGCCCCCAAACGUCAUGUACAGCUCCAGCUACUCUCGGGCCAAAUUUGGCUUGGAGGCCAGGGAGCCUCUGCACAAACCGAAAGGGAAGAGCUGCGGCUACUACAUGAGGAUCGUUUUCUUCUUCUCCUCCCUCAUCCAGUCCCUCAUCAUCGUCAGCCUGGUGCUCUUCCUCAUCUACGGGCAGCCCGAGAAGUCCGCCGAGGAGAAGCGAGUCAAGGAGCUGCAGCAGGCCUUGAACAGCCUGAGCGAGAACAACUUCCAGCUGACUAAAGAGAAAAGCCAGCUGGGUGCUCUGCUCGGGGCUCGCACUGCUGAGAAAGCUGCUAUGGAGAAGGCGCUGGAGACGCUCAGAAGUGUUGCGAACACUACUACUACUGAAUUAAGGAGUAGACUAGUCCAGUGUGAGAGGCAGAUUGCAACAACACGUAGCAAUAUGGGGAUGCGAUGUCCUACUCCACCCAUACAGCAUCCUAUUGUGGUCAAUUCUGGCAGUGAGCUGAAAACACUGCAGAGCCUCAACGCUCAACAGAGAGCCAUGAUCGAUCUGAUCGAGGCCAACUUCACUCAGACAGUGCACUACCUGAUUCAGGAGAGAGACAAUGCCCUGAAAGACAGAGACAUCCAUCACCACGACGCCAUCGCUCUACGGAGACAAAACACCAUGCUGGAACAGCAGCUCACAGCAUACACCAGGAAAUGCAAAGAGGACUUUGCUCAUUCUUUGGACGGGAUCCAGACGGUGACCAGGGAUUUUCUCAACAAAAUCAACAACCUGUUCCCGCACCAGAUGACCUUUCACCUCACCUGUGAGAGUCAGCAGGAGCAGAUGGAGAAGAUAAGGAACAGCUGCACAAACCUGUCCAGAGAUGUGGAGAACAAGUUUCAGCUGUAUUUGGACAACGUGGGCAACAAGGUGGCUCAGAUUCAAGCAAUGUCCAGUCGUCUGGAGGUGCAGCACACACACCUGACCUCUGACCUGCAGCAGUGUGAACACAACCGCAGCGAGACGCUGGCCGAGAGCAGCAGGCAGCUUCAAGCCAAGCAGAGGACUCAUGACGAGAAGAUGGAGAAACUGCUGAUCGAGCAGAACCGGCUGAGAGAACAGAAACAAUUGCAAGAAGACACUUUGGCCCGGAGAGAAAAGGAGCUGCAGACCCUGAGGGCAUCGCCUAAUUGUAAGGUCGCUCCGUGGAAACCAGCGGGAGUGCAGUCUGUGCCGCAGCACAGCAGGCAAACUGUCGCUAACUGGCCUGCUUUUCAAGCGCCAAGCAUCAGCAAAACUCUGACGGUGAGAUGAAAUGCAACAGGAAAUCAUCAGCGGAGGCCACAGUGGUGUAAAAACUGUAAAGACCAAAAAGUUAGUGAUAUUCGGCUUUUGGGCAAACUUAAAAUGAUAGCUUACUUCACUGUUUUAUUACUUUCCAAAAAAAUCUACUUUAAUUUUUAAAAACGCAUUUUUCAAGGAGUUGGUCAACUGUCCUUUAGAGUGGACACAAAUAUGUUUGAAGUUUGGAAUUUUGUGAACAUUAUAACAAAUGUUUUCAAUGACAUUUACAAGUGUGUUUACAUAUUUUAACAUCUAAUACUUAAAGGGGAACUGCACUUUCUUUGGAAAUGUGCCUAUCAUUCACAAUCCUUGUGUGAUAAGCACACAUAUUUUAUUUUUUGUAUGCAUUCUAACACAUAAAUAAAGGCUAGCAAAAACCAGCCAACAUUGGAGCUAAAGGGAGUCGCUCUAUUCUGCCUAUAAAGGACUCUAAAAACAUUCAACAAUUUUUUAUAUAUAUGAUAUAAUAUAGUAACAGGCACAUUCAUAAUAACAUGUAAUAUUUAUGUAUUUUGCUCAUUUUAGAGUACACUGAUUAGCUGCAUUGUUAGCCACCUCGUACUUGCCAUAUUUUAGGAAUUAGAAUGCAUUAAAAAAGAAAGACAUCUGUUUUUGUCUUCCAUAAGGAUUGUGAAUGAUUGGCAAAAUUCCCAAAAAAAAGUGCAGUUCCCCUUUAAGUGUGCAAAAAUAAACACUGAUAUCAUAAGAGUAUCAGAUAACAUAAUAUGUAAAAAUAUUCUAAACAAUCAUACAAGUAAAUUUUGCAUUCUAAAGACAUCAAGUAAUUUAUAUGAAAUGUUUAAAGAAAACAAGGUUGUAACAAUAUUUCUGCCAGUCGAAUAUAAUAUAGCCUUCAAUGCAGGAAGUCCCAUUCAUUACAGAUAUUAUUUUUCACAAUUUCCUCAACACAUUUAGUCAGCAAUCAAAAAUGUGAACAAUCAUAUAGAUCCUUAGUUGUUGCUGGAUGUCAGCAUAUUUCUAUAAAUGCCAGGGAGGAAUGAACAUACACUAUGUGCCUCGCCUGCGCUGCACGUGUCGGCCAAUAGUGACCCCACUUGUCAACUCUUCACUUUGACAGUAAGAUAUAUAAUAUACACUGUAGUGGACGCUAUGCCUGAAAUCAUUCAUGUGCAUUUUAGGUUUAUCCUAAAAUUUCACCCAAAAGCCGAAUAUUCAUAACUUUUUGUGUGUGUGUAUACACCAGGGGUGUCAAACUCAUUUCGCAUCGUGGGCCACAUACGGCCUAGGGAGAUGUCAAGUGGGCCGGACCAUUAAAAUUAUACCAUACUCUGCUAUAAAUAACCAAAAUAUCAUGUCUUUCCUUUGUUUUGAUGUAAAGAAGCACAAGAACAUUAGGAAAAUAUUGAAAUUUAAUGAACUAUCCUUUUACAAAACAUUUCAUGAAACACCUCAUAUUUCCUUAGACAAAUGUGCAAUUUACUUUUAUCAUUCACAAACAUGCAUUGCAACUGAUCCCACUGAUUGUACAAAGGCACAAAACUUUAAUUGGUACUGAAAAAUAUAGUAAUGCACUUUAAGAUUAAAUGAGACUUUUAAAGAAAGGAAUUUUUAAACCACUUACACAUACACAUAUAAAAUCUAAAUGUAAUCCCUGCGUACACCUUACAAACUAAGGAGAGUGAUUUUAAAUGUGUAAUGAAGAAAGUGUUCGCCUGUCCUGUAAAUCUGUCAACUUCAUACAUGAAACAUACAUACACAUACAAUACACACUGAAAAUUUAUGGAGUUGUAUGAACAGUAGAAUUCCAUCACACAACUUUUGUUUUGAAGCUGCUGACUAACAUUAAAGUGCACAUUUUUAAAAUCACCACAGUAGCAAUUAGGUAGCUGGCUUUUACCGCUGCUUCACUGACUUCUCGGCUCUGGAUGAAAGUUGACUGCUGUUUCCUCAGACCCGCCAGCAAUUCGUUAAUCUUAUCUCUUCUCAGUUGUCCUUGCAAGCCGUCAUAUUUUUCGCUGUGAUGAGUCUCGUAGUGGCGUCGAAUAUUAUAUUCCUUCAAUACCGAAACUUGUUGCAAACACACCAAGCACGAAGGUUUUCCGUGCAUCUCUGUAAAUAAAUAGGAUGUGGUCCAUUUUUCUUUGAAAAUUCUACACUCCUUAUCUACUUUUCUCCGUUUGGAUAACGACAUUUUGGCUAAUGAGGGUGUAGCGGAGAGGUAGAGACCAAGGUAUUAACAACGUCGUAACAAGCAGCAGAUGGCGCAUUGAUACCGUCUGCUGUUUUCAGUCUGUCUCAGUGAUGCGGCUUGUCUUCUACUCUGAUGGAAAGAGUGCGCCCCUUAGCGGAUAAUCCAUGAAUUGCAGCGAAUUUAAAAUAUUAAUUCCAUGUCUUUUAUGCAUUUUUUCCACUUUCAAAUUAUCCUGCGGGCCUGAUCGAACCUCCUUGGGGGCCGGUUCCGGCCCGCGGGCCGUAUGUUUGACACCCCUGGUAUACACCAACAUGCAUCAAAUGUAAUAAUACACUUUCACAUUCAUAAUUACUUCUUACUUGGAAAAAAAUUAUUUUGUAAUGUUUCUGUAUCUUUGCUCUCAUCUUGAUGUAAAACACGACAAGGUGUAAAUAUUUCUCUUGAGUGUUACUCAUUUUGUUUAUACUUAGAUUUUCAAUUUAAUAAAUUAAAAU